UUCCUCAUCUCAAUACUAAACCCAAUCCAUUCUAGCUUAUCGGCCCCCAUGUCUGUCUCUCUCUGAAUUACUGAAUCAUAUGCAUCCUUCUAUUUCUAGAGCUAGCUAGCUAAUUUCUUCGUAAAUUUGAUAACUUGGUUAUAGACAAUCAUGAGGAAACCCUGCUGCGACAAGCAAGACACGAACAAAGGAGCUUGGUCGAAACAAGAAGAUCAGAAGCUCAUCGAUUACAUUCGCAAACAUGGUGAGGGUUGUUGGCGUACCCUCCCUCAAGCCGCAGGCCUGCUUCGAUGCGGUAAAAGUUGCAGACUUCGGUGGAUAAACUAUCUACGGCCAGACCUUAAAAGGGGCAAGUUUGCUGAAGAUGAAGAAGACCUCAUCAUUAAACUUCAUGCACUCCUAGGCAAUCGGUGGUCGCUUAUUGCUGGAAGAUUGCCGGGACGUACAGACAAUGAAGUGAAGAACUAUUGGAACUCGCAUUUGAGAAGAAAGCUUAUGAACAUGGGUAUAGAUCCAAACAACCAUCGACCAACCAACACUCUCCUCCCUCGGCCUCAUAAUCAUCAUCAAAGCCCACCACAAACACUAAAAUCACCAGCUGGUUCUGGUAUCAAUAAUUUUAAUCAUGAGCCAGUAGUGAUAGAGUCCAAAAGUUUGCGUGGUGAUGAUCAAAAUUGCGAGCAAGUAUCGGAUGGCAGAAGUUGCUUGGAGGAUGAUUCUUCUUGUGGCGGUCAUCACCUGCCUGAUUUAAACCUUGAUCUCACUGUCCAUCUCAGUGCUCCUAAUUUCUCUUCACCUAAUGAUGAUCAUCAAUAUCUCAUUAAGGAGCUUAAUGAGCCAAUUCAUCGUCCUCAUCUCAACAUUAGUGACCCCCCUGAAAUGUCGAUUGGGACCAAGUCAGCAAUAUUUGCCUCAUCUACCACGCUUCCUCUCUUCAGAUAACCUUCCAUUCUUCCAUCGACUAGCUAGCUAGCUGGUAAUUAAUUUAUCCAAUUAUGUGGAGGAUUUCCACAAUAUUUAAGCACUAAUUCUGGCUGGAGAUUAAAGCCAGCGAUGUAUUUUAUCGAUGAGAGGAAGAUCAUCAUGGCCUAAAUUGGAAGAAAGCCUGCUAGCUAGCUUGUUUAGGGCACAAUUCAACAAUAAUGGAAUCCCCAUUUGUGGAAAUUUAGCCUGAGAUGAUUAAGCAUGAUAUUUAUCCAGACCCCAAUUAGGUCAAGGCGUUUGAAGACUUAGCUAGCCGCGCAUGAUGUGGAUAUUCAUAUCCUCGAAUAGUAGAAAUUAAACAUUUAUAUGGUACACAUGUGGUUAAUAAAAUGCAUUAGCUAUAUAUGUAAAUUUGUGAAUUAUUACAUAAACAAGUCCUGUAAUUUAGUUUUC